AAAAUCAAGAGAGGGGAAAAAGGGAGAAUAGAAACAUGGGAAAAUCCACUUCCUGUUUCAAAAUCAUCACUUGCGGCGGCGAUUCUGCUGAAACAGACGACGUUAUUCAUGUUCCUCAGGCUGAGAGUAAGAGACCAAAUGAUAAAAAGGGAUGGAGCUUUCGAAAGAGAUAUGAUCAUCAUCAGGUGCUUAGCAACACUGUUAUACAGGAAGCAACUUCUGGACUUGAGCAAAGUUCGGAAUUUGCCGGUUUCAAUUUUCAACAUCCCGAUGCAUCCAUUGCUCCUGAGAAAACUUCAUCCAUUCAGUACAGUGAAGAGAAACCUCAGGUGAAGACACCAGAAGAGUACAUUGAAGAAGGAUCUAUGUGUGUAGGACCGAAAGAGUGCACUGAAGAAAAAUUUCAGUUGCUUACACCUAUGGCAUACAAUGAAGAAAAAUCUCAGUUUCUUAUACCUAUGGCAUACACUGAAGAAAAAUCUCAGUUGUUGACCCAAGAGGAACCUAAGAUGCCUGAAUCUGUUCCCAUCACCAUAAAUGAGGCUGAAGACGAUGCCAACCUUGACGAAUCUGUUGUUAUUAUCAUACAGACUGCUAUCAGAGGGUUCUUGGCACAUAAAGAGAUAGGAAAGCUCAAGAAUUUAGUGAAGUUGCAGGCUGCUGUAAGGAGACACUUGGUUCGGAGGCAUGCUGCGGGGACAUUACGUUGCCUUCAAGCCAUUGUCAAGAUGCAAGUUCUUGUUCGUGCUCGUCUAUCGCAAGAAGGGCUUUAUGCUGAAAAUAGGCUGGAUGGCAAGCUCCAUAAUGACAAUCAAAAUUUGCAGGGAAGCUCAGCAAUAAAACAAAAUGCAACUUAUACUUCCAUAGAGAAGCUGCUUAGCAGUAAGUUUGCUCGUCAGCUGAUGGAUUCAACACCCAAGAACAAACCUAUCCACUUCAAGUGCGAUCCAUUGAAACCAAACUCAGCUUGGAGCUGGUUGGAGAGGUGGAUGUCUGUGCCAUCACCUAAAUAUUCUUCGACCGUCAAAUUAACUAUGGAACAACCAGAAUGGGAGAAAAGCAACAAUUAUGAGACUCCGGUUACCGCAACAGUUCCAUCUGAAGAGAUCUCCGAGUCAAACGAACCAAAAACUGAUGUACGGGAGACAUUGGUAUCAUCAGAGAGUGAAGAGAAUCUGAUCACUGACAAUGCAGCCAACUUUAAGUUUGAGGAAUGCGAGCGAACUUCCUCUCCAGUAAUGGAUGAUAUGGACCAACCUCGGAGUGACACUAUUACAUCCGACCUAAAUGAGAACUCUCAGGAGAUAAACUCACAAGAUCAAAUGAUGCAAACGGAUGCACAUUCUCAAACAGUGGGCAGUUGUCUUUCUAACAAGCUGGAAAUAGAGAGUGAACAAUCCAAACAUUCUACGAAAAGAUUUGCUUCUGAACAACUGGAAGCAGAGCCAAUGAAAUUUGCAUUUGGGUCAAGAAAGGUAAGUAGUCCUUCAUUUAUUGCUGCUCAAACAAAAUUUAAGGAGUUGAGUUCAACGGACAAUUCAAGUAGAUCGGUUGAUUCAUCCCACCUAGAUGUUGAAGAUGAAUCAAACUUGGAUACUCUGUCAUCUGAGGCAGAUACGAUAAGCAGGUCAACCAAACGAAGCAUCACAGAAAAUGCAGUCAAGAAUAGGGGGGUUCAAUGCAGUGACUCUGAAUGUGGGGCUGAAAUCUCUAUUACUUCCACUCUCGGUUCACCUGAUAUAUCUGAAGUUGGAACCAUAGGAUAUGAAUAUGGAGCAAAAGUUUCUGAGCAAGAAAAUUUUAGUUCUAACAGUAUUAAGGAUUUGAAUGUUAAAGAAAACAAUACAGGAUCAAUCAGAAUGACUGAUUCUUCUCUGUCUUUUGCUGAUCAGCCAGAUUCUUCUCCAUCUAUUGCUGAUCAGCCCAAGAAACUGGAUGAUGCUAGUGGUGCAUUGGCGAAUUUAGUUGUUGCAGACUCCCCUCAAGUAGCGCAGGAGCCACCGAAAGGCACACCUGAUCUGCAUAGAGAUCUGGAUUCUGAGAUGGGUAAUCAAGCAUACAUAUUAUCCCCAGAAGCCUCGCCCAAGUGCCAUAUGAUUGUUCCAGAAUCCCAAAGAACACCUUCUAGUGAGGUAUCAGUGACAGCUAGAAAGAAAAAGGACAAGAGCUGUCAAAAGCGCAAGUCCUUGUCUGCUGCAAAGAGUUCUCCAUUGACUCCAGAUUGUGAUAGUGGAGCAAGAAGUAGUAUGGAACUAUUGCCCAAAUAUAAAAAAAAUGGAAAGAUACGUAAUUCUCAAGGUUCAGGAAGACCCGACAACAUUGACGGUGAGCCGAGAGAUAGUAACAGCAGCAAUUCUCUUCCCCAUUUCAUGCAUGCCACGGAAUCUGCCAGAGCUAAGGUUAAUGCAAAGACCUCACCAAGAUCAAGUCCAGAUGUGCAUGACAGAGACAUUUAUAUCAAGAAGAGACAUUCCUUACCUGCCGCUAAUGGGAGGCAGGGUUCUCCAAGGAUCCAGCGACCAAUUUCUCAAUCCCAUCAGGGUGCAAAAGGAAAUGGUACAAAUCCUAUGCAUGAGAAAUGGCAAAGGUGACGGGUUACCUCGGAGCAACCAUAUUUCACAGUUCCAUGAUAUGCAACUUUUCAGAUGGAGAAGUGGAGCUGAUUGGAGGUCUUCUUAUCUAGCUUUAUGCCUCAGCAUUUCUCCACUUAAGUUGAUUCUGACAAACCAUCUAGUGCUUGGCAUGGGAGGAGAUAUAUAUAGAGUUGAGUUAACAUUUUCUUGUUUAUUUCUAUUACGAAAACUAUUGAUAUUGUUAUUGUUUGUUUCUAAGCUUUACCCCUGAGAGGGGUCUGCUCGUGUGUUUGGCGUGGUGUUAUUCGGGUUUGCUACAUGUUUUCGAGACAAUGAUGCUUUAAAGUGGAGAGCUUUGAUCAAAUUUUCGUGUAAUAACUCGGCCAUUCUCUGUUCUUUCGUUGGCCACCACUUU